CUUCUCUUCGUAACCCAAACGACAGCCGCAAUUCCGCCUCUUUUCUCUCUGUCACCUGCUCGCUCAAUGGCUAUGCCAAACUGCUCCCUCUACCAUGUUCUCUUCUUCUUACUUCCUUCCUCGUGCUUCUUCCUAUCGGGAGCCCUCGCGGAGUCCUACGGAUGGCGGAACGCCCAUGCCACGUUCUACGGCGGUGGCGACGCCUCCGGCACUAUGGGAGGGGCUUGUGGCUACGGCAACCUCUACGGCCAGGGCUACGGGACCAACACCGCCGCCCUCAGCACCGCGCUCUUCGAAAACGGGCUCAGCUGCGGCGCCUGCUACGAGAUGCGGUGCGCCGACGAUCCCCGGUGGUGCCUCCCGGGCUCCAUCGUCGUCACCGCCACCAACUUCUGCCCCCCAAACUACGCCCUCCCCAACGACAACGGCGGCUGGUGCAACCCUCCCCUGCAGCACUUGGACCUCGCCGAGCCCGCCUUCCUCCAGAUCGCUCAGUACCGCGCCGGAAUCGUCCCCGUCUCCUUCCGCAGGGUGCCCUGCGUGAGGAAGGGAGGCAUAAGGUUCACCAUCAACGGCCGCUCCUACUUCAACCUGGUGCUGAUCACCAACGUCGGCGGGGCCGGCGACGUGCACGCGGUGUCGAUCAAGGGGUCCAAGACCGGGUGGCAGAGCAUGUCGCGCAACUGGGGCCAGAACUGGCAGAGCAACUCCUACCUCGACGGGCAGAGCCUCUCCUUCCAGGUGACGACCGGCGACGGGAGGACGGUCACCGGCUACAACGUCGCGCCCGCCGGGUGGCAGUUCGGGCAGACCUUCGAGGGAGGGCAGUUGUAGAGACCUCGCGGCUUCGAGAGGGAAGGAAGGGAAGGUGGCUUCGGCUUGUUUCGAGGAGCUUUGGCCUGGUGGAAAGAACUGUUCAUAUUGUUAUCAUAUUGUUGAUGUAAUCAAACUACUAGACGAAUAAAAGGUUAAGAGGCGAUAAAAGCUCCAAGAUUGUUCGAACCCUAUAAAUAAACUGU